AUGCCAGAUUCGAAUCUCGCCGUAGCCCUCCUCACAUCGGACGAGGCAGAGCAAUACAUGCGCAUUCGGCACGCUGCGUUUGUGCACGACGUCAACAAGAUCUUCUACUUCAAUCAGCACGAACCCUCACAAAACACUCUCGACAGCGUCACGCAAAGCGUCCGCGACGGCAUCGCCAAAGGCAUGCUCUACCUCAAGUGCGUCGACAUUAGGAAUGGCGAGAUCAUAGCCGGUGCCCGCUGGCGUCACAUUCACUCCGAGGAUCCCAACGCUACGUCUCGUACUUGGGACGAAGUCAAUGCUGAGCUGACCAUUCCGGAAAUGUAUACCGAGAGCCAUCCGGAAGUUUGGCGAGCGUUUUAUGAGCUGUUCAACGAGAGCAAGAGGAAGCAUAUGGGAACCAAGUCAUAUUGGGUACUGGACACGCUCGUGACGCAUCCGGACCAUCAUAGGAGAGGUGCUGGAGGCAUGUUACUGAGGUGGGGGUGUGACAAGGCAGAUGAGGCGGGGACGGAAGCGUAUCUGGAAGCCAGCGAAAUGGGAGAGCCGUUGUACAAGAGAUAUGGAUUUGAGCCAGUGGAGAAUAUUGCGCUUGAUUUGAGGAAUUGGGGCGGUCCAGAGGAGAUUCGGUGGACGGUAAGUCGGUGUGAUGGUAUUUUUUGA